AAGUCAGCCGACUUCAAUGGUCAAAAUGUUUGACAAUUAAAAGUGAUAACAAAAUGUUUGUAGCUUACUGUAGGAUUCCAAUAAAUAUUUUUAAGUUCUAUAAAUUGUGAUGGCUAUAUUCGAGAGAUCUUCGCAAACCAAAGUGCAAAUAGAUGACACCGAAAGGCUUGAAUGUGUUUUAGAAAAUGCGCAAAACAUUAAUAAUCACACUGAAUACAUAUUGCGUGUACAACGAGGGCAGAAUAAGGAGAAUAGAUGGACGGUGUCCCGUCGAUACAGAGACUUUGCUGCUUUGCAUGUCGGCCUACAGCAGGCUAACAUUGACCUUUCUAUUCCACCUAAAAAACUUAUUGGAAAUAUGCAACCAUCAUUUGUGGCUGAGCGACAAGUGGCAUUGCAGAAUUAUAUAAAUGAAGUCCUGAAACACCAAGUGCUAUCUUUAUCAUUACAAGUAAGAAGGUUUUUGGAUCCUAACAAUUACCCAUUAUCCAUUACUGAACAAGCACUUCAGACUAUUUCAAUAGCUUUAAGAGGGGAUGGUCAGUUUGAGUUAAAAUGUUCUUUAACAGAUAUUGGAUGGAGGAUAAGGAAACAUUAUUUUUUAGUCAAUGAUACCGAGAGUCAGUUGAACUGUAUGCUAUCGUGGCAGACUUAUGGGCCUGACUGUACCUUACAUAGUAAAGACUUACAAUUAGCCUUCAAGAGUUUACAGAAUAUAUCUCAUCCCUACAUAGACAAUGUAUUAUCAAUGCAUGCAUUAGAAACGGGUGCCUACGUAGUUAGAAAAAUUCAUGAGAACGGAAGCAUUAGAGAUUUAUUAUAUGGGACUGAGUACAAUAAGAAUUAUUUAGUUAAGUAUGGAAAUCCAAAGGUUAGAAAACCUUUUACCAAUGGACAAAUAGCACAUUACGGAUACCAAAUUUUACAAGCACUGAAGUUUCUGCACAGCAAAGGAUUAUGUCACGGAAACGUCCAUCCAGGAAACAUAACAAUAGAAAAUCAAUCGGCUCUUUUAAUGGAUGUCGAGAAUUUUCUAAUGGGCGUGCCGAGUUUCUAUCGACCGUUUCUACUAGAGCUGAAGCGAACGAGCUCUGCAGAAGCGGUAGAUGUCUACUGCUUUGGUAGAACGUUGUAUGAAAUGGCGUUUGCUGCUCCACUUGAGACAUGCUACUGUGAUAUAUAUCCAGAUGGAAUCUCGGAUGAAUUGGAAGGCGUGCUGCGGCUGUGCGCGUCGAGCGAGUCGGCGCGUCGCGGGCCGGCCACGCUGGACGCGCUGCUGCUGCACCCGUUCUUCACGCGCACGCACGUCGACGUCGGCAGGACGCAUCUCAAAUUCCCGUUGAAUCUCAAGGACCAACUCAAGGCGGCCCGACACGUCGCGGAGGAACGGCUCCGGCUUGGACAGAAAUCGGUUCAAAGCGCGAAAAGGGAAGUGAGAAUACAGGAAAUACUAAACUCGGAGAAGGAAAUGAAAAAGCAAAAAAAAAAAGCGAGGCGACGCGAGAGCGUCUGGAAGUCGAGCUCGUCGCUGGCGGACGUGAGCACGGCGUCGUCUCCCUCGCCCCCCUCGCCGCCCACGCCCCCCGCGCCCCCCGCGCCCGUCCCGCCGCCCGCCUCGGCUUCAUCGCGCGGGGCGCUGCUGAGCGCGAUCUGCUCCUUCGACAAGUCGCGGCUCUCGCGCGUCGUCUCUCGGUGAGCGGUCACGUCACGGGUCUGUUGGCCUUGAUGAGAUUACCCAGCGACAAGUAGUAAAAUUAUCUUUUGCUAAUAUCACAUUAAAUGUUAAGCAAAUGUGGUUUAUAUUGUCAUGUAAUAUUUAAAUAAAUUUAAUUUUUAAUUGACAAAAAUUGAACGAUUGAAAUAUUAAUCACCGUAAAUGAAAAUUUAAUCAAUCACGUAAUACGACUGUGAAUGUCAUUAAUAUGAUAAAUAGAACGAAAAGGAUAGCUUUGAAAAACAGCUUUUAAUCCAGAAAACUCUAUUUUACCAAAAAAUAUAUAACUUUCUAUCUAGUAUUUUUUAAUAAAUAUAUUCAUAUGUAUAAAUACCUAAUUUAAAUUUGUACUAAAAAGUUAAACUGCGCGUGAGAGAUUUAGUUUUCAAUCCAUUGUUGGUGUGUAACUAAAUCAUCGAAUACUUUUCGAAAACGAUUGAAAUAACAAUAACCUUGCUGUUUAAAGCAGCUAAGAGAAUGUAUACAUAUAUUGCACAUUACCAGAACUCUCUCAAUAACACAAUAUUUGCUUUUGUAACCUUUAAAAGUAUACAAUUCACAAAUAGCGCUAAAAAAUCAAGAAUGUAAUUUGACAUUAAGUAUAGAUAAUUCGAUUUUGCUUAUUUAAUUUGGGUAUUUACGUUUAAAAACAUACAUACGUUGUAUUUUUUGGUAACCAUAAUUGAAACAAAAAAUGACGAAAUACAUUAAAUAUUUUGAAUUAAUACUAAAUAAAUUAUAUAUAUGUUUGUCAAUACUGUUUAAUGUCAUUUGUAUGUGAUUGUUGAAAUAGGAAUGCCAUUGAAGUAUUUCCAAUUGUCGAAUCUACUAGAUAUGAAAAAAUUAUGAUGCAUUUUAUUACAUAUUUAAUAAAACUUUUAGUUAUUACUGUAUCACAAGUGCAUUCAAAGAUUUGUUAAACAUCAUCAUGUUUUACAUAAUUUUAAUUCCAAGAAAUUUAUGCUAACUUUGUACUUUGAUAAAAAAUAUAUUUAACAAUUCAAACAUAAUAUGUUAAUGUUAUAUAUAGUUUUCCAGUCUUUUUAAAAAAAGUCUAUUUAGUAUUUAUACAUAACAGUAACAGCCUGUAAAUGACCCACUGCUGGGCUAAGGCCUCCUCUCCCUUUUUUGAGGAGAAGGUUUGGAGCUUAUUCCACCACGCUGCUCCAGUGCGGGUUGGUAGAAUACACACGUGGCAGAAUUUCGAUGAAAUUAGACACAUGCAGGUUUCCUCACGAUGUUUUCCUUCACCGAAAAGCACGAGAUGAAUUAUAAACAGAAAUUAAGCACAUGUAAAUUCAGAGGUGCUUGCCCGGGUUUGAACCCACGUUCAUCGGUUAAGAUUCACGCGUUCUUACCACUGGGCCAUCUCGACUAUACAUAAAAAAUAGUUUUUAUUUUCUAGAUUUAUAUGUACUAAGAUCAAUAUUUUUUUAAGGAUCUUAAUUUGAUCUCUAAAAAGAAUUCUAUUUAAAAAUAGCUUUUGUUUCCGCAUAUUUUAUUGUUGCAUAUUUUAUUUGUUAAAUAUAAUCUAGAACUCAUGAUUGUAUUGUCACUAGCACUCCAAAGAUUGUGUAAAAUUUUAGCCUCAUUGGUUAAAUGGAACUUGCUUGCGUUUGUAUAGUGCAACGUUCGGCCCAUACAUGUUAACAAAAAAGUUUAUAAUUAAGAAUAGGUUUGAAUUCUAUCACUAUUUUUAAUUAAAAAAAAAUACUGAAAUCAUUAAGUUAAAAAAAGGAAUUUUUUAGCUUUUUUUAGUCACCUUGUUCUUAUAAUUAAAUAGUCAAUGAAAAUAUGUUAUUUACGACCAUUUAUGGAAUUAAGAUGUUUAAAUUUAGUGAAAAAGUGAUAAAUCGACUGGUCACGAGAUAUUUUAUUGAUUUAAUAUGUAGCAGCUUUAAUAUAUAAUGUAAGGAACAUAAAUUAUUUUAAUAUAAUUAUUUUGUUAUAAUUAUAAGAGAAUAUAUAGUUGUAAUAA